CUGGUAUUGACUUUUGAGAGCCAGCUCAUGAUCUCAGGAUGUACGAAAAAAUAAUAAUACUAACUGUAUUACUAUUCUCAGGCUACAGUUCCUCUCAAGAAACUACGGAAAGUGAGGGCACUGAAAGUCUCCCAACAGAAGCCAUGACUCAUGCAUCACCAACUGUGAUACUACAUGUUACCCUAUACACCUCUCCCACCUCAGGUUAUGCACAAGGAUCAGAACAACUGGAACACAUUUUUUCUGCAGGAGAGAUAACAGGGAUUGUUUACGCAGUCAUGGUUGGUGUCGUUGGAACUAUCCUCUCAAUUGCUUUCUGUGUUAAGCAACUUACAAAGAAAAGUCCACCAACUCCUGUGCAACCCGCACACCCAGAAGACGCAGAUCCUGAAAGUUCUAUAGAACCAAGAAAUCCAGGAGAUUUCUCAAUCCGUCCUGAGGAAAAAAAGCUACCGGCCAAUAUCCCUGAUGAAUACAGAUGCAACAAUUCUCAGUGA